UCCUUCUCUACGCUUCUUGAAGCUUCUCGGGCUUUUUGCCCAUUAACAAGCAGGUUUGCACAGACAGUCAGACGGCGUGAACCAUUUAAAUAUCUGUCCAAGCUCGGGUACGACUACUGAGAGGGCAAUCCUGUACUGCGUGCGUUGCCGCAUUACUUCGAGCGACAUGUCGGACCGCAACAUGUCCGACCACGACGUAGAGAAUAUCGGGAGACACUGCCAGUUGGAGUACUGUGGGCAACUAGAUUUCCUUCCGUUUCCGUGCGCGAGCUGCAAAAAGUACUAUUGUCUCGACCACCGGUCAGAAACCGCGCACGCGUGCACAGAUGCAAGGAACCGCCAGAAAAGCGACACGAAAGAGGAGAAGGAGAAUACCACCACAGAACCUCCCAAAUCGAUAUCGAGUACGUGGAGACCAGAGGGCCCAUGUGCCAGACCGUCCUGCAAAACCCGAAUCGAUGGUCACACCCAUAACGGGGGCGUUGAAUGCCCCCGGUGUAAUCGUCGAUAUUGCAUGACCGACCGCCACGAAGAGAAGCACGACUGCAAAACACUCGAACCGAUAGGCGCACGGCCAAACACUGUCCAGCAACAUACACAAUCCGCGCUGGCGAAGCUGAAGCUCUGGGCCGAGAAGAAACGUGCCGAAGACGAGAAGCGACGCAUCGCAUCCAAGAAAACUGGUUUCUUCGGACUCGGCAAGAGCUCCACCUCCGCCGCCUCCUCCGCGCAAGCCGAGCUCAAUGCCCUCAAGCGCGUCGCAAAAGGCGAUGCCAAGGUCCCACCGGAGAAGCGCAUCUACCUGACCGUCGAAGCCUCGGCCGACACCACGAAGGCCAAGUAUCCCACGGGGAAGUUUUUCUACAACAAGGACGCCAGCGUGGGGCGAGUGCUGGACAUGGCUGCCAAAGCGCUGAUGGUCGAGAACGUGAACAACCGCAGCGAGCUCGAGGAGGACAAGCUGCGCGUGUUCCACGUGCAAGGCGGGCGGCUGCUGAAGUUUUCUGAGAAAAUAGGCGAUGUGACGCUGAGUGGGAAUAUGAUCAUCUUGCUCAGGGGUGUGGGAUCUGGAGAGCCCGAUCUCAUCGAUCUCUCUGAGGGGUGAGCAGGGGUUUUGGUGAAGCCUUGGUUGGAGCGCAAGGAGGCGUUUUCGCAGAAGAUACCCAUCGAGAUAUGACUUAUGAGAGGCGUUCGCGACGCAUGAAGCCAAACUAGGGACCGCUGCUUUUGCAUGAUAAGUUGGUGUGAUGUGUGUGCUGGCUGUUGCUGUGAAUCGUCAUCGUGACUUCUUAAAAGGACGAAAAGGCAUAGCCUACGGCCACCGACACACCACCGCUCUUGCAUCGAGCUUGGUGUAGUAAUGGCAAACGUCCGCAAUCGAGAGCUCAGACAUACUAGAACUCUCGAUACAGUAACGGACUGCAAUAUUUGAUGCAAUGGUCCAGAUUUCUACCAACGC